AUGUACUACGCAUGCCCAGGAAACAUGAUAUGGGAUGAAGAGAAACUGGCAUGUGACGCGACGAGGAAAGUAAAAUGCAAUAACAGGACACAUUAUGCCACCCCAUUGUGUAAGAAACCCAGCGGGAACUUUGAAGAGCCAGCAGACUGCCGCAAGUUCCUUUCCUGCUAUUUAUACCGCGUUGUCCGCCACAGACCGUGCCCCGCUGGUCUCUACUACGACCAGGCAUCAGACAGAUGUGAUUAUCAUUUUAACGUCAGGUGUCAUAAGCGGCCCGUGAUCGAUGUCGUCUUGAUGCCUAGGAACACCACCACGGAAGCAGCGCCAUCUAUGGUCAUGUCAAACAUCUCAGAUGUUGCGACAGGCGUCCCUUCUUGUCUGGGUCCAGACGGCCUGUUCCCACACCCGCUUCACUGUAACCAGUACAUCGCCUGUUAUGGCGGCGUUCCCAUGGAGACGUUCAUUUGCCCAGAGAACCAGAACUUCGACUUCACGGACGGCCGUUGUAAGAGGGGGGAUAACAUCACCUGCGUCCAGCGUCCGUGGUUGAUGCGGGAAGGUCCUGUACCUGUAGAGGUUCCUGAUAUCAGAGGAUGGCCAAGACACCACUGGAUUCGGGGUUUGGGGAAAGGGGGACCUAUAGUUGGUAAUGGCAGCUGCACGUUUUCUCAGGACGACACCAACUGUGGAGGCUUUGUCCUCCACUGCCUCAACUCCACAGUGAACUACUCCUGUCCCGGGGAACUGAGGUACGACGAGAACACCGCAGAAUGCAAGAUGGCCGCCGAUGUUGACUGUAACGGCAGACCAGAAUAUAAGGCCAUUUGCAAUCGUCACAAUGGAAACUUUGAGGAACCCACCAACUGCGGGGAAUUCGUCUCUUGCGCGUACAACCGGGUCUUCCGCCACCGUCGAUGCCCCGCCAGCCUUAAUUUCAAUCUGGAACUCAACAGCUGUGAUUGGCCAUUUAGAGUCACGUGCGGGGACCGUCCCACAAAAGAACCAAAAGGUGCACUUGUCAAAGACAAAGAUUAAUUCUUUCGCAAUUUUGAAGGUCAACCAGUUCGAACGCGCCACGUUGAUUAUUUAAUAAUUCUAUGACAUCGGGUUCUCAUUGCCUCUUGUGUUAUGAUAUAAGAAUGUAACUUGUUCUCAAGAAUUUAAAUUUGAUUUCUAGCUACGAGACGCAACUUUUCGACCCUUCCUUGGAUGACUUUCCUCCCUCAUAACGCCAAUACCUUUGAGGAAUGGUUGAAAACUAUGCCGUAAAAUCAAAAACACCUUUAUUCUCCCUAGUUACCUUUUGUUUUCAUCAUAUGUGACUGUUUAAGUUCAACAUAAUUUACUGAUCAAAAGAAAAAUAAAGUAUAAACAUGUUUAUAUGCAUACAUUUGAUCCCAUGGUGCAAAGUGCUUGAUAAGCUCAGAAGUAAUUGAUACAUUCAAGUUGUUCAAGGAGCGGUUACUGUCUGUAAGCAGGGUCGGCAACCCAAUUUUUUUUUGACACGAAUAAUUUGAGUAGGCAUGGCGCCUGAAGCUUUUGAUCGGUUAUUUUCUUUAAAAACGAAUUUACAGCAUAAUAAUUGCACAACAGGUCGGUAGAUCAAAUAAAAAUGCCAUUAUGAUGGUGUGACUGAAUCACAAUAUUUAAACAGGAUUAUAACUAAAUGGCCAGUGCAUAUUAACAGUACAGAGAACGGCACUAGAAUCAUACUUGAGCGACAAAUACA